AUGGAGUCGACCACGAGCAAGCCUCAGAGAAAGGCCUGCGAUCUUUGCUACCACAAAAAACUCAAAUGCGACGCCCUCAAACCGCGCUGCUCGACCUGCGUCGUCUACGACGUCGAAUGCACGCACAAGGCCGCGAGUCGGAAGAAAGGAGGAGGAGUGGGGAGGCGGGAAGCUGGUGCUGGGAGUGUGCAGAAGGGGGUGAUUAAGGGGUUGGAGGAGCAAUUGAGGGAGGCGAGGAGGGAGGUUGAGAGGUUGAGAGGGAAGGGAGAUGUGAGGAAGGUGGAUGGUGGUGUUGAGGGUGGUGUGAGGGGGGAAGUUGAUCUGGUGGAGAGGCGGAGUGGUGUGCAGAGAAAGGGUAUGGGUAUCCUCCCGCCGUACGAGGAGGCCGUGGUGUUGAUCGAGGAGUACCUUUCGACGUUCAACGUCGUCUUCCCGCUGUUCGAUCCCAGGGAGGUGCUGCAGACGACUCGAGCCGUGUAUACCAACAACAACAGCGCGAGCGACGACCCCGUCUCCUGGGCCCUCCUCAACACGAUCCUCGCCCUCGCGACGCACACCACCAGCAGCACCACCCUCAAGUCCUCCCGCACCCAAACAUCCACGCACCUCUCCGCCGCGCAAUCCGUCCUCUCCCCCAUCAUCACCACCCCCACCCCCGCGCUGAUCAACAUCCAAAUCCCCCUCGCCCUCGCCAUGCUCUUCUACCUCGUGGCCGACACCCAACCCGCAAUAAUCCUCGUCGCGACGGCGCUACGACUCGCCCACCAAAUCGGCCUGCACAGCCGCGCAGCCUCCGCGCACCUGCCGCCGAGGGAGGUCGAGCAGAGGAACAACGUCUUCUGGAUGGCCUACGUCCUCGAUCGGGACACGAGCAUGCUCGCGCGCGUCCCGCCGAUCCAGCAGGACGGGGAUAUCGACAUCGACCUGCCGCCCACGACGCUCCCUCCUCCUUCUUGUCCGGACUCCCCUGCAACAACCGGCUUCGUCUUCUCCUCCCCCACCUCCACCCCCUGCACGACGAACUUCUUCCGCCUCCGCAUCCUCCUCGCGCGAAUCCAAGGGAAAGUCUACGAGUACGUCUACUCCCUCCCGGCGACAAAUUCCCCUCCCGCCACCCGCGCGAGGAAUAUCGCCCUCGUCCUCCGUGCUUUGGACGAAUGGACCGCGCAGAUCCCGGAAGCGUUCCACGCCGAAAAUCUCUCCUCCAACUGCAACUCGAACGCGAACGAUCCCACCGCGCGGUAUUUUGUGAUCUUGUAUGGCACGGCGCUGGGAUGCCGUGGGGUGAUUAGCCAUGCGAGUGCGCAGGAUUCGUUUCAUUAUUCGCAGUGGGUGGGUGAUGUGAGGGCGUAUGGGAGGGCUGUUAGUAUCAGUAAUGGUGAGGUGGUAGUGGAAGCGCAGCCGCCGGUGGAGAAAGGGUGGAUGAGGUUGGUGCAGGAGUCGAGGGAGUUUAUGGGGUUGUUUGAGCGGGCGGCGUUGGGGGUUGGGUGGAUUGAGGCGCCUGAUCUGUCUCGUCGCCAACGCCAUCUUCGACGCACAGGCCGCAUACAUGGAGUCCGACCAGCGGUUGAUGGACAUCUCUUCAUCGUUGCUAGACACCAUGGCCGCGCAAAAGGAGGCCACGCCGAAAGUCCGCGAACUCCGGGAUGCGGUGCAAGACCUGAGGUCGUAUGCCGAUGUGAUUUCCAGCUCUCGGUGCAAAACCAAAUCGUGGGAUGA